AUGUCUCGAGGGAACGACUUGGAUGCGGAUCUGGAGGUGGACCUCCAAGGGGGGGAUAACCAAUCGGAGGCCACCACAAUCACGCUGGAGGAGCGUCCUGGCAAGCCGCAGGUGCGAUUCUUCAGCAUUGGACCCAGUAGCUACCAGGUUCGUUGUCCAUUGUGCCAGCAAAAUUCCAAGACGGAAACCGUGGAGAUGACGGGAGCAUUGGGCCAGCUCAGCUGCCUUUUAUCCGCUCUGUCCUGUUGUUUUCCCAUCUUUGCUCUGACUUUUGUCUACUCCUGUCUACAAAGUCGCCUGAAGUCGAAACGUGUGUUCUGCAGCCGAUGCGGUGGUCACUUGGGCUUCCACUGGCGUCCCAAAUAGCUGGACGUCCACUAAGUUAGCUCUCUAGAAUCCGCUCAAGUGAUCUAUUAAUAAACCGGCAGCUGUUGUCAAAUAUUUUAA